AUGGGAGACGAUAGACAAAGAAACGGGCCGGGUUUUCCGUGGAUUGCUGCUCAGCUCUUUCUUCUUUUGUGUUUCGGGGAGACGGUCUGGGCACAGCUACGGUACUCAGUUCCAGAGGAGGGGAAAGUGGGAUCUGUUGUUGGAAACGUUGCUAAGGAUCUGGGACUGGAUGUAGGCACGUUGGUGGAGAGAGGCUUUCGUAUUGUUUCUGGGACUAAGGACGCUCUUUUCCAGGUAAAUCAAAAUAAUGGCGUCUUGAUUGUUCACAAAAAUAUCGACAGAGAGGAACUGUGCGAAGGAAACGCAGCAUGCUUAAUAAACCUGAAAAUAGCAGUUGAAAAUCCUUUGGAAAUACAUUAUGUGACUGUUGAAAUUAUGGACGUAAAUGAUAAUGCUCCGCGCUUCCUAAAGAAAGAAGAUCAUUUAGAGGUAGCCGAAAACACGCUGCCGGGAGCAGAUUUCCCCUUAGUAGCUGCCCGUGAUUCAGACUCUGGUGCGAAUUCUCUACGCCUCUAUAAACUGAGUCACAGCGACCAUUUUGAGCUAGAGGUACGAGAUGACGGCGAGGAUAACAAACUACCAGUUUUAAAACUUAAGAACCUUUUGGAUAGGGAACGUAAGUCUGUACACCGCCUAGUGUUAACCGCUGUUGAUGGUGGGAACCCGCCGAAGUCAAGUAGCAUAAAUAUCACUAUAUCUGUUCAAGAUGUUAACGAUAACAGACCAGUGUUCAGUCAGAAUUCCUACACAGCAUCAGUAAAAGAAAACACUGCAACUAACACAUUUGUCUUGAAAGUGAAUGCUAGUGAUGCCGAUGCCGGUGUAAACGGGCAAGUGACAUAUUAUUUUGCUAAUAAUUUAAAACAAAAUGUUUAUGACACUUUCGAAGUAGACGAGGUUACUGGUGAAAUACGAGUGAAAGGCAUAAUUGACUUUGAAUCCACGGAGGUGUACAGAGCAGAUGUUACAGCUUCAGACAAGGGUCAACCUGCUAUGUCAACAAAUUGCAGGGUCAUAAUAAAAGUAAUUGACGUGAAUGACAACAAGCCUGAGAUUGAAGUUACCUCGUUAUCUAAUGUUGUGUCUGAAGGCUCUAAAGCAGGGACAGUAAUAUCUCUUAUUAGCAUCACGGAUAAGGAUUCAGGUGAUAAUGGCAAAGUUACCUGCAGCUUAUCAGAGUAUGUUCCUUUUGAGCUGAAACCCUCCUUUCAAGACAACAUGUAUUCUCUUGUAGUGAAAAGACCACUGGACAGAGAACUUGUGCCAGACUAUGAUAUCACCAUUGUAGCCACAGACCUAGGUCAGCCACCGCUGUCCACUUCAAAAACGUUUAAUGUCCAAAUAUCCGAUGUCAACGAUAACUCCCCAGAAUUCUCACAGAAUCCUCUAGAACUUUAUCUGAUGGAGAAUAACACUCCAGGUGACGCCAUAUUUUCCGUCAGUGCGUCUGAUAAGGACACAAAUGACAACGCCUUGAUUGCAUACCAUCUUAUUAGAAAUGAGGGAGUGCCUCAGGAUGUUAUAUCCUUCCUGAACAUUAACUCUGAGAACGGAGUUAUCCACGCACUAAAAAGUUUCGACUUUGAAAGUGUGAAAAUGUUUCAGUUCCAAGUUUUAGCGAAAGACUCGGGCAACCCACCACUUAGUAGCAACGUCACCGUGAAAGUCUAUAUUCAGGACCAAAAUGAUAAUGCCCCAAAGAUAUUAUAUCCAGUCAGCUCUAACGGCUCGGCUGAAGGCGUGGAGGAGAUUCCACGUAAUGUCAAUGGAGGUUAUUUGGUCACAAAGGUGAGGGCUUAUGACGCAGACAUAGGGUACAACGGUUGGCUUCUAUUCUCCCUACAAGAGGUGACAGACCACACUCUCUUUAGUUUGGACCGCUACACUGGACAGAUAAGGACACUACGGGCGUUUACUGAAACAGACGAGGCCCAACACAAACUCGUAAUACUGGUCAAAGACAAUGGCAACAUCUCGCUCUCAGCUACAGCCACACUGACAGUCAGCCUGGUGGAACCUAAGGAAGCUUUUGCAGCGUCGGAUGUGAGAAGUGCUGUUAGCAAUGACGAGGACAGCAAUGCGACUUUUUAUUUAUUUAUCGCACUGGGAUCAGUUUCAUGUCUCUUCCUAGUUAGCAUCAUUGUGCUGAUAGCAAUGCGAUGCGCAAAACCUACAGACUUCUCGUCCAAGUACUUGCAGGACACGAACUAUGAUGGAACUUUAUGCCACAGCAUCCAGUACAGAUCUGGAGACAAGAGGUACAUGCUGGUUGGACCCAGAAUGAGUAUCGGUUCCACUAUAGUUCCUGGCAGCAAUGCAAACACCUUAGUUGUUCCUGAUCGCAGAAGCAGAGCUUCCGGAGAGGUAAGCGUUACUGAGUUAUGA